UGGGCAUCCGCGAUUGGAAGCCGCCGCUGGGUCCCAGGUGGGACAUAUGCCCUUGCAGAGAAACGAGUUUACCCGGAAGCCCCACAGCGGUAGCUUUUAUUUCUUUGUUCUGUGAAGGAAAUAAAUAUAGCCGUUAGGUCCUCGCUUGCUUCUUCAUUGGGCAUCCGCGUAUCUUUCCUAAGCCCCUUCGCCGUCCGACUCAAAUUUCGAUCAAAGCACAUUGUGAUCCCCGACUGAUGGCAACAACGACAACAAGAUCGCCUUCCCCCAACCCGUCCCGACCCAGAACCCCCGACGCCAGCGUCGCCAGGAAGAGCUGCACCGCCAUUGCCUCGGCCUUCUCAGAGCCCCAUCAGAGGAGCGCCGGUGGCAAGUCGGGAGUGGCGUUGGCGGCGUCUUCGCGUGCGUCGCUCGAGCAAAGGGAGAACGAGAGGGACCUGAACUGCAGCGCCUCCUCCAAGCCCUCGGCCGUCAGGGCGAGGUCCCCCGCGCCGUCAUCUUGUUGCUCGGCCAAGGGAGCCAAGAACUUCAUGGCCCCCACGAUCUCCGCCGCCUCCAAGGCCGUGGCCGCGUCGCCGAAGAGGAGGAUCCUCGCGGAGAGGAACGAGACCGUGCCCGUCGUCCGGUCUUCCCUCACCUCGCUCUUGGACGAAUCUCCGGCGCCAGAAGAGGUUCCUGCGAAGAGAAGGGUCAGUUUCGGUGCGCGGCCUCAUCAAGACUCUGGCGUUCAAGAGACCCCGUACGUCGGUGGCGGCGGCAGCGAGCCAAGAAAGAUCGAAUCUGAGAUCAAGAACCGUCGCUAUUCCGGUGUUCUUCCCUCCUUUCACAUUUCUCCAGCGGCUAUAGCUCCUUUGGACGCUGACCCAUCUCUUCCUCCUUACGAUCCCCACACCAAUUACCUCUCCCCGAGGCCGCGAUUCCUCCACUACCGUCCCAAUCCCCGGAUCGAUCAGUACCUGAACCAAGAAGGCGACUUGAUGGAUGCAGGAGACGGGAAGCGGCUCGAGGACAGCUUCUCCUCCGAAAGCUCCGAGGAGAUACCUGGGCAGACCGAGGAAGAACAACAGUCCACACCGGGAGAUGACGAGUGUUCAUCCCCCGAGGUGGAAGCGAUGGAAGAAGAAACAGGUGAAAGCCCUGUUCCUGAAUCUGAAUCCAACCCCAAAUCCACGGGUAAAGGUCGCUCCUUUUGGCAUUACAAGUUUGCUUCCCUUCUCCUAGUUUUGGGCAUUGCUUGCAUCUUUGGCUCCUUCCUUGGAUGUCCUAUUCUGUCAUCUUCCAUGCUGAAAACCCCAGUAAUACCAGCCAUUGAUGAUGUCCAUGUAAGGGACUAUCUAGCUGUUGCUGCUCUUGAUCUUAAAGAACUAGCUAGGAAAUUGAGCCAAUGGUCAUGCGAUUCUUUUGCUCGUUACACUACUCUGACUUCCUUGCCAAGAGAAGAAUUUGGUCCCUUUUUUAUGCCUAACUUGACAGCCGCAAAUAUAGAGCAGAGAGAAGACAUAGAUUACAGCUAUAUUGGAACGAUCGUAAGCAAUGAACAUAUUGGUCAGGGCAGCGCGAUGGAGCAACCUUUUGAGGGAGAAAUGCAAGAGGAGAGUAUGGAAGAACAUGAAGUAGACAUAGAUCACAGCUACAGUGCAACAACGCUUAGCAAUGAACACAUUGAUCAGGUCAGCGAAAUGGAGCAACCUUUUGAGAUAAGUGUGCAACAGGAGAGCAUGGAAGAACAUGAAGUGGAUGUCUCGGGAGAUGAGCUAAAAGAUGAUACAGAGUCUGGGGAUGAGAAGAGUGGAAUGGAAGUAACACAAGGUCUGGAAGAAAAUGAUGUUACAGUGGAGCCAGAGGCUGAUGAUGAUGUUAAAGAGAGUAGCCUUGUGGAAUUUGAGAGUGAGAAGAAGAUUGAAGAGGCUGAUGAUGCCAAAGAAAUGGAAGAAGAAGCAAUAGUUGAUGGCAUUGAAUCCGAGAAGAAUAUUGAGUUGGAGCUCAGGAAAAUGCAGGAUAUUGGUCCUCAUGAUCUUGUGACCCAACACGAUGAAGUAGCAGGAGGUCAAGGUGAUAGUAGCAGUUCAUCAUCUUCUGCUUCUCAAACACAUGAAGACAGUCCUUCAGCAUCUGGUGAUGAAAGAAAUUCUAAGACCGUCCAAUCCCAAGAGCUUUCGAUGUAUGGAUCAGAUGGUAAACAUGCAAUGAAGCUGGCAGCUGGGCUGUCUUCAGCAGUUCUGCUUGUUGCAUGCUUUACCUUUCUUCUCAUGAAGCAAAGGCAGACGUCUCCCUUGGUGGAUAAUCCCCAGAUAGCUCCAGCAAAGAAGGUGAUCACCAAAUCAGUCUCAGGCAGCAGUGAGAGCCAUGGCCAUGCCAGGGGGUCUCCUUUCCAGAAUACCCCAGUGGUGGACAUGCUGAUGAUGGAUUCUGGUCCUUCAGAAUUCAGCAGUAGCUUGCAGAACAGCACGUCUGUUGGCCGGAGGAGAGCAACCCGAAAAGGCGAGGAGGAAGAGACUGAAAGCAAUGAGAGAAGGCUGAGAAGGGACUCCACAGUGUCAUCCUCUUCCAUUUCUUAUGGAAGUUUCACUACCUAUGAGAAGCUCUCUUCCAAGAAGGGAAGUAGAGAUGAAGAGGUGAUAACUCCAGUGAGAAGAUCAAGCAGGAUCAGAAACCACCAAAUUGCUUCCCCAUGAGGAGGAGGAGAUGAUGAAAUGCUACUCUAAUUACUUGCAGAGUAGUAGUAGCUAACCUUUGUUGCUGUGGUUUGUUGUUGCAAGCAGUCUUAGCUUUUAUUAGGUUGACAUGGCUUUAAUUUUAGGUUGCUGAUUCUUUUUCUUAGGUUGAUUUGUACUUGGGUGUGAGAUAUCUAAUGCAUGAUUGAUCAGCUUUGUGCUGUUCAUUUCA